AUGGAGAAUAAAAAACCGCCUCUAGACCAGAAAUUGUGCUCUGGGUGUGAAGAGCCAGCAAUUGACAAGCUACCAGCGUGCCCACUGCAAUGUCGGGCUAUGCAGUGCAAGGCCUAUCAGACCAAGUCGAAAUUUGACCCUGAAACUAAGCCUAUAGUAUGGGUACUGGGAGGCCCAGGAUCUGGCAAGUUCACUCAAUGUUCCAAGGUGGUGGAAACAUAUGGAUACACCCACCUGUCCACCGGAGAUUUAAUCAGAGAUGAAGUGAAGACUGGGACUCGUAGAGGCAAAUGCCUAACUUCUAUUAUGCAACGAGGCGGCCUUGCACCCAACGACAUGGUUUUAGCAGUACUGAAGGAUGCUAUGGAAGACGCUGCUAAAAAAGGAACACAUGGCUACCUAAUAGAUGGGUUCCCGCGUGAGAAAAAUCAAGGUGCAGAGUUUGAGAGGACUAUUGGACCAGUCGCGCUGAUCCUAUAUUUCGAAGCAUCGCCUACCACCUUGUGCCGCCGGCUACUUGGCCGUGCAGAAGCGUCAACAGAAGACAAUAGAAGGAAAGAUGAUAAAUUCAGGAUCAUGAAGAUGCGCAUAGCAACCUUCAUUGAGCAUAACCACAGCGUCAUAGAACCUUAUGGCAGUAAAGUUAAAAGGAUCGAUGCGGAACAAUCCCCAGAUGAUAUUUUUGCAGAAGUGCAGUUGUACUUAGAGCCAAUAGUAGCUCAUGCCGCUUUGGUUGAGGCUGAGAAACUGGAAGCUGAAGCUUUAGCAAAAAUACGAGCUGUCAGAGCGUUUACACAAUCUUCAAUAGAUGUCGCUUCAAGGAGGAAGGAGAGUACGGUCAAUGACGAUAUAGUUUCCUCAGCUACGAGCGAAGCUGCUGAGGCUGAAGCCAGAGCGAGGGCUGCUCGUAACGCUGCCGAAGCUGCCAGAUCUAGAUUAGAAGAAUUGGAACAACGCCAACGCCAACGCCAAUAG